CUUGCAUUCGUCAUGGAUGCACAAAUAAAAAAAUUAGAAAACCUAGUUUGUCUACCUGGUAAAAAAAUACAAAGUUGUGACGUGAAACGCUUAACGGCACCAGGAGAGAACUAUGGCAGUUUAAUGUUGAGCUUGGACAUCACGGCUGAAGGCCCGAAUGGUCCCGAAAAAAUAUCGCUAGUGGCCAAAACGGUACCACCUAACGAGUUCAUCCAGGAACUAUUCAUGACCUCGAUCACCUUCCGGAACGAGAUCGUGUUCUACAAGCAAAUAGUACCGACCUUGCAGGAGUUCCAGCGAGAGAACGGUGUGAAGGAAGUGAUCGAUUUUACCCCGAAGUACUUCGGAAGUAGGCUGAAUUUAACCGGUGGUGAGAGCGUGGAUGAGAAUGGUGCGUUAGUACUCGAGAAUUUAAAAAUCCAGGAUUAUGUCACACUUGACUCAACGGCUGGUUUAGACUUAGGCACCACUAAACUAAUCUUGGCGGAUUUAGCGUACCUUCACGCCGUCCCUUUAGCCUAUAAAAUCCGAAAACCAGCUGAUUUUGCCAAAAAUAUUAAACCGUUUUUGAACGACUGGACCCCUAAUAUGCACUCAACCAUGAAAGAGUUAAUUUCGCACCUGAUCGAUCAACUCGAACAAAUCCACCCUUUCAAAACCCGGCUGCUUGACAGUUUCGAAAAAAUCAAGCAGUACUUCCCGGCGAGAGAACCUUUCGCAACCAUCGCCCACAACGACUGCUGGGUGGGCAACAACCUGGUUAAAUUCCAAGGUAGUACCCCCAUCAAAAACAAGCUCCUGGACUACCAAAUCGCCAGUUACGGGUCGCCAGCGCGCGAUAUAGUAUUCUUCUUGUUUUCGAGCGUGAAGAACCACGUCGUGAAGAAGCACUACGACCACCUAAUCGAGUGGUACCACCGGAUGUUUAUUUCAAUUCUAGAAGACUUGAAGUGCGACACUCAGCAAUUUUCUUUAGAUGCGUUUAAAAAUGAGCUGGAUAUAGAAGCUAGAGAUUCGCAGUUCGGGCAUAUCGCGUUCAUGCUCUACCCCCUCUUCGCCGUGAGGAAGAAAGUCCAGGACUUGUCGGACAUUUCGCCCCAAAAUAUUUUCCACGAAGACGUUACGGACUUGCACAAAGAGAAGUUUAUUUUUGUUGUUGAGGAGUUUGUGAAGAGGAAUUGGGUUUAAAUAAAUUGUUGUUUUAAUAAA